AUGAAGGAGGGAGGUAAAAACAAGAGCUUGACGUGGAAUGAAGAAGGAAAGAGGAUGGAAAGAGAGGGAGAAGGAAUUGUAGCGGUUUUUUCUGUUGGAGGGAAUGAAUUAAACAGAGAACGUAGAAAACGCGUUGGUGAUCGGAGGGCUGAGAAGGGUACAACAAUUGGAAUGGACGACGGUGCCUGA